UUUCCUAUUUCUAUUUGGGUUCCCUAGAAUCCUAGAAGGUGGGGUUCAAAGACCUUUUGAUCCAAUGGCAGUGGUUGUGUUGGGUGUAUAGAACCGGAUCUAUAGAAUUACGGAGAAGUCAAGUGCAGCAAGACGGUGCUCGUUGAGCUCGUCCCCUUUCUCCCACAAGCACAAACACUCUCACAGGGUGUCGGUUUGAUUCUUCGCCGACCUCGAAGAUCAAGAAACAGCUCUAGGUCAAGAUCCUACGGGAGCGAAAAUCUCUCAUGGAAGACCAUAAUAGACCGGUCACAGGGUAUCCCGCCCCAAACCCCAAUCGCUAUCCCAAUGGCUACUCAGCCAACCCACCGCCACCCGGCACCGCCUACCCUUAUACGGCCGCCGCCGGUCCUCCUCCUGUCAACGCUUACUACAGUCACCAAAACAACCCUUACUAUCAGCAGCCUGACCCCAACAUCGUCCGCCGCGCAACCUUCCUCCGACGCGUCUUGGCCUUCGUGAUUGGACUUAUCGUCGUCUUUGCGGCCAUCACUUUCAUCGUAUGGCUCGUCCUACGGCCGCAGCUCCCCGAGUUCCGAGUCGACUCGUUCUCCGUCUCCAAUUUCACACUCGGCAACAAUUCGCUCAUCGCUUUCACCUCCGAAGUCCGCCUCACGGCGCGAAACCCUAACAAGAAGAUGACCCUCUCCUAUGAUCAUAUUCAGGCCGUAGUAUUUUACAAAUCCUGGUUGCUUUCAGAUACCAUAAUACCGCCGUUUUCGCAGGGUACCAAAAACGAGACUUCUUUGACCGCGAAUUUUGCAGCGGCUGGGAGUUUCUUGGAUAGGCCAGCAGUGGAUGGUAUAAACAGUGAGAGGAGAAAUAAUGGGAAUGUGGGGUUUAAUUUGAGGGUGGUGUCUAGCGUUAGAUUCAAGGCAAAGGCGUGGAGGACUAGGAGGAGGUUUUUGAAGGUGUUUUGCGGGGAUUUGGCCGUUGGAAUUCAGAGUAACGGGAUGUCGGGGACGUUAAUCGGUGGGCCGAGGCAGUGCCGCGUAGGAAUUUGAGAAGAUAGAGGUUGCAAGAGCUAUCAGACUUGAAGUAGUGUAACCUUUAAUAGUCCCUCCAGAGAUAAAUUUGACCAAUACAUUGAAUGUCUCCUUUAUACUAUGUUGUCCCUCAAAUUGCUGGUGAGCUCCUACUAUACACGCUAGUCAGCCAGCCUCUUGUCGUUGUUAUACUAAGUUUGAGGUAUGACCUUGACACAAUGGUGACUUGCCCUGG